AAACAUCAUUGCACAGGUGGUCCUAUCCCUGUUAAGAUUUGCAGCGAAGUGUUCAUAUGUCCUGAAUUUCCCUCCUCCUACUGCCCUGCAGACUGCUAGAUAUACACCACGUACUAUCCACCGACAAUCUUUUUUCAUGGUUCGAGUUUGUGAGAGGAGGAUGAAGUUUCUACUUGCUGUUACCAUUAUCGUUGGGUCGUUGGUAUUUCUUCUCCUCCCAAAUGGUUCAGAUGCCGAUGAGAAGAAGAAAGGCCCGAAAGUCACCGCAAAGGUGUACUUCGACAUGAAAAUUGGCGAUGACGAAGUUGGUAGAAUUGUAAUUGGAUUAUUUGGGAAGACUGUGCCUAAAACGGUGGACAAUUUCCUCAUGCUGGCAACUGGAGAGAAAGGCUUUGGAUACAAGGGCAGCAAGUUCCACAGAGUGAUCAAAGACUUCAUGAUUCAGGGUGGAGAUUUCACCAGAGGAGAUGGCACAGGAGGAAAAAGCAUUUAUGGAGACCGCUUUCCUGAUGAGAACUUCAAGCUGAAGCACUAUGGACCUGGUUGGCUGAGCAUGGCGAACGCCGGCAAAGACACCAAUGGAUCCCAGUUCUUCAUCACCACUGUGCAGACCCCAUGGCUUGAUGGGAAACACGUCGUUUUUGGCAAAAUCCUUGAGGGCAUGGAUGUGGUACGGAAAAUCGAAGGAACCAAGACUGAUGGCAGAGAUAAGCCCCUCAAAGAUGUCACCAUCCAUGAUAGUGGCAAAUUGGAUGUAGAUAAGCCUUUUGCUGUUGCAAAAGAGUAAUGUAAGGGAAAUGGGACUUUCUUUGGGGGAGAGGGAGCGGGUGGGGGCCUGUUAUGUGCUACAAUUUUUUAUGGUCUUUUCUGUGGGCCAGAUGAUAUCUAUACUCGGGGACCCUUUUUAACCAUUAGUAUGUUCUGGAAGGCUGUGGUUCGUGAAUGGACUUUUUUUUUCAGUAUUCACUGAAAAAAUGUAUAGUUUGCUUCAGAACCUCAGGGGAUUUCCAAGAAAGCGGGUCUAAACGCAUACCUGGGUAUGUUGUCUUGAAGCAAGAGAGUCUUAACAUGUCCAGUAGUAUCCACUGGCUUUGCUCUUGAUGCUGGCAUCGCUCCCGUCUCCCUCGUAACAAUUUGUUCUUCAACUGUUUUGAUACAACCACCACAAGAUGUAUGCAGUCAGUGUGUAAUUUUGGUGUGUGUGUGUGUGUGUGUGUGUGUGUGUGUGUGUGUGUGUGUGUGUGCGUGUGCGUGCGUGUGCGUGCGUGUGCGUGCGUGUGCGUGCGUGUGUGCGUGUGCGCGCGCGCGCUGCGGGCACUGUGUGAUUGAUCAGGCUGAUGAAUGUCACUGGCACAGUUUAACAGCUACUGAAUUGUAUCACAUGAAAGACCCUUUAAACCAGAAUAAAAAAAGUUAAGGUGGAUUCAUUUUUUUGGUAUGUUUAUUAUGGUAUGUUCAUUUGGUCUGUGUUGAUUACAAAUAAAUGGCUGGAUGUGGAA